CCCCCAAUUUUAUAGAUGGCAUGGAGCUUUUAUACAAGAAAAACAAACAAGAUUGGUUUACGCACCAAAACAUAAAGUGGCUUUUUGCACUCGACUCAAGGUUUAUCUUGUGGUGAAAUAAUUCGAAUUAAUUCGUAAAUUAGCCAACCCAGUACUAUCUCCAGCUAUUAUGGUUGGUGCAGUCUGGAAGCAGGAUAAUCGCGGCAAAGGUAUAUAUGUUGAUCAUGAAACAGCUGCAAGUGAGGAAGAAAAUGAGGACAACUAUGUGGAAGAUGAAAGUUUGGGCAAUUGGGCAGAUUUGCCUGAUUUGGUCAUUGAAAGAAUCUUUUCUUAUCUGAGUAAUGAAAAGCGUUAUUAUGGAUCUCUGGUGUGCAGAAGAUGGUAUCAGGCAUUUCAUCUGCCAUAUGUCUGGUCCACUUUUGUGCUAGAAGAUCGUGUUUUAUCAAGAAGACGGUUUAACUACCAUUUAGGCUGGCAAUAUACUUUAGACCACUACAGAGCUCAAAUAUUUUUGUACAAAACAGCCAAAAAUAUUCGAACCCUUAUUUUUGCUCCCAUGUUGAAUUUCUUUAAUCUCUUUGAGGUCAUGAAUAUGCUCUCCCAAUUCAGUGAAAGGUACCCAGGUUCCCUUGACAACAUCCAUACACUCAAGUUUACUUUCAACUGUGAUAUGGCGUUUCGGACGGAAAACGCCAUUUACGGUACUGGUGGUCAGCUCUUGCAAGCACUUAAAAAUCUUAUGUCUUUUCUACCUGGCCUCACGAGCUUGGAAUUGACCAAUCUGCUGUUGGACAGUUCGGAAGCUCUCUAUCUCUUGGACGAUGUCUGUUACACUAGAUGCCUCAAUCUCCAUUCACUGACACUUAUCAAUUGCACCAAAGUUCCUUGUCGUCUUCUUCACCCAGGCGCCUUCCUUCGACUGCAUUCUCUCCGAAUCAGUCCGCAAACAUUAAGCUCCGAUUUGCUUUGGCUCAUAAGCUCUACAAAAUUGAAACACUUACACAUCAUUCAGAACGCCUACACUGAAUCUUGCUACAGCAUCGAACCUAAAGCCUGGAGCGAUUUGAAUCGAAAGAAUCCGGCAAUAAGAGUCCACUUGAAAUCAAUGGGGAAAACUAAAAGAGAAAUUGUCUGGCAGGAACGUGCCCCAGUAUCAUCCGUAUUGUACAAUUCCCGUUAUUCUAAGGUGUCCAUGUCAAGUAUUCUGACCAUCGUUGAUCUCUACCGCGAUCGACUGAAAGUUUAUGGUCACCUGGGGCUUCCUCGAUUCCAUACGUCCAACAGCUUCCAGAAUCGGAUCGACAUGUCCUUGAUCACUCUUGUUCGGGAAUGUCCAAAUCUUAACACACUGGUAAUCCGCGAGAGGAUUUCAACUGCGACAUUGAUCCUGUUGGUCAGCUCAGCCAAUUGUCAACGCUUGCAUCGUCUUUACGUUCGCCGUAACGCCUUGCUACUCCGCGCCGACUGGCCUCGUAGCCUCGAGUGGACCGAGGACUAUUUCACCUGGUUAAAGACCACGUCAAGGAGCUACGAGUCUACACAGGUAGAAGUAUCUCAAAAGCUCAAACAACCUGAUUGGCAAGCCUUGAGCGAUCAACAGUUCAAAAUUUUGAAGGUUAAUGUCGAAAUUGAUUCUAUUUAACCCCUUCCCCCUUGAGUUGGGUUUCCUCAGUGUUUUUAGAUGCCAUACCUACCACAUAACCUUUAAUACGCACACAGACAAAAGAAAAACAAAUUCUUGAGCUCAAGCCAAUAUUUUCCCCCGUGUAAUAAAGAUGUCAAAUACAUCGAAUAUCCACCUAGA